AUGAAUAGAGUCAGAAAUAGACAGAGCAAAGCUGUCUGGAAAAAUCAGGAUGGUCCAAGCAAUAACCCCUAUGCUGCGAACAACAACUUAGCUCGUACUGAGACUAAUCGAAGUUACCUCGCAGUGCCAGGACAAGACGGUACCAAUAAUGCAAGAGGAGGAGGAGCACCAAGCUCUAACCUGUUACAAGUUCCAAACCCAUAUGGCGACAUGCCAAAUGCUAAUGGGAACCAGAAACAAAAUAGAAGAUACAGUAUCCAUUAUGCCGCACACCAGCAUCGUCGCUCCUUCUCACAAACUGGCGCGCCAGGUGUCAGCCACUCUGGAGCACCACCGUUACCAGGAGUCCCUGCUGUGCCUAAUAACGUACGUGGCGAAGAAAAACCAAAGACAAUUGAGCAAAAAAUAUUCCAGGAGUUGGGACAUGGAUCGGCAGCUGAAGUUGAUGAUUACUACAAGACUUUGAAAAAGCAAAACCAAGUGAUUACCAGAGACAUUAAGGAGAAUAUCAACCAAAACCAGAAAAAUAUCUUGGAAUUGACCAAAGAUUUAAAAGAGACUCAAGAAGAAUUGAUUAAUAUGAGGGUGACAGCCAAGGACUUGUUCGAAGUGCUUGAUGAUUUCCGUGACACUGCCGAGCGUCGACUAAAAUUGGAGUUUGAUGCUCCCCAACUGCAGCAGCAGACACACCUGCCUACGAAACAGCUGCAAUUGCGUCCCUCAAAUAACCAAAAGGAUAGAUCGUCCAUCCUUGUGCUUGAGAAAAUGUGGGUCAAGGAGAUACAAUCCUUGUUUAAGCACGUUGACGGAGCAUCAAAAUUUAUCCAGCCAAUCCCUGGCAGGCAUGUUUUAGCGGAGAGUGGAAGAUGGCAUGAGGUCAAUGUGGGUACUUGGAAACCAAGCAAUGCUGGACAUUUAUUCAUUUUGAAUGAUCUAAUUUUGAUAGCUACGAGAAAGCCGUUGGGUGGCCAUGCUGGUGACAAGUCUUUGGAAGGAAAAGCAAGUAAGCUACAAGCGAUACAAUGUUUGCCUUUGAUCCAAGUAUCCUUGAACCAAGUGAAGCCACCAAAGAGCGAUGACUCGCUAUAUUUUAUCAAUAUCAAGACUAAAUCACUUAGCUAUGUUUACUCAACAGACAGGUAUGAUCAUUUGGUUAAAAUUGUGGAUGCAUUUAACAAGGGUAAGAACGAAAUGGUUCAUGAAAAAAGGUUAAAGAAUGGAGCCAACGAUUCAGACAACAAUAGUAGUGAAUCGAAAGAGGAGAAGCGCCAAUUACGCGAGUCGUUGAGGCAUUCGGGAUCUUAUGAUGGUGGUCAAGGUAUUGUUGACGAGCAGGGCAAACGAGUCAGUGGAUCUAAUGGGAUUUCCAGUCCUAAUCGUUCGUCAAACACUCACAAGAGAUCCUCUUCGGAGCUUGUUUUGGAUGGCAUCAGUGCUCGUGUUCAUUCAAGAAACAGAUCUCAAGAUAUGGGCCAAACUAUGAAGGCGGCCAAUAGCAGUGGGAGGUCACUGUUUUUUAUGAAGAUCAAGCGUCUUGAAGAUGACUUGGACGAGGUCGAUGUGAACAUAUCUCAUAAUGCCUACCAUGACGCUGUAAAACUGAUGCGGAGAAUUGAAUCUAGUAUUGGUCCUAUUGAAAGCAGUAUGAAUAAGCAAAAGAACCAAUCUGGGGAUGUAGCAGAUGAGAUUUUGUUACUAGAUGUGUUGAAGUUGAAGAUUUCUAAUCGAAAGCAGGACCUCACCAAGAACUUGCUAUUUGAUUUACUGAAUAAUAUAGCGAGCUUGCCAUCAGAUGCUAUUGAAGAUAUACUCGAUUUGUUUGACAAGUUAAAUCAAUUGCAGACAGGAAUCCAAGCCUACUUGAACUCAACAUCAUUAUAUCUUUCGACAAUGGUUUCAAAGUUGAUUGUUGGGUUACAAGGUAGUACCAAGAUUGAUGUUGUUAAUUAUUUAUCCAACUUGGUGGUGGUCAACGUUGCCAUCGUCAAGAGGACUGUGGAAACGUACAAUACAAAAAUCAAAAGGAUAAUCAAAGCUAGUCCCAACAGCAACAAUGUUGAUUCAUCGGGGUUGGUUGAUUGGUGCGCUGAAGAGUUUGGUAAAUUGUUUAAACAGAUCAGAAAGCAUUUGUAUGGAACGUUAUUGGUUGUUGAUGGACAAGUUGGAGAAGAGGAUGAAUAUGGUGUGAGCCACACUCUUUAUCAAGUUAAAGAUAGCGCCUUGUACGGAAAGUUUUUAAAGGAUUUACAAACCCAAUUGGCUCAAUUGCAAGCUGUAGGGAUAAAUGUGGAUUUCAUAUUUGAUUCCAUUCCACAAUUUAAGGAGACUAAAGCAUCUACAAAGGCAGUUUAA